UUUGUGGAGGAUGGCUCUUGCAUAAGGCAACAGGUGGCAGUGGUCGACGAAAGCUCACUGUAAUUCCACCUGAAACAGAAGGAUAUUCUGUCAAAACACUGAAAGCUGUGUCAGGAGGUGGCAAAUCCACUUUUUACAUUGUACCUCUUCAGGAAACACUAGACACAUCUCCUCUACCUCCCGACUCACAGCACUUUUCAAAGAUGCCAAAGAAGUUAUGUUACCAGUGUAAUGAAGUUAUGCCUCUGCAGAUGCUUGCAGUACACAUCAAUACGUGCAAAGGAAAAUUCUCUCCUGAUGAGACUGAUGAUGAGGAAUCUGAGUUAUGCAUUGUGAAAAGCAAAUGCAAGGUUAUUUGUCCAAUAUGCACUAAGGACUUUCCUGAAGAUGAGAUCACAGUCCACGCGAGUCUGUGUGGGGAUAGCUUUCAAUGCAUGGUGACUGAAGAAAAUGACCAAACUACAUGCACACCAGCUCAAACUUCAGUAUGCACAACAGACAGCGUGGAAGAUGUAUUGCGUUGCCUUGAACAACAAGUCGACACCACAACAGAAUUUAAGUUGUGUGUGGACAGAGAAGACCUUCCAGACAGAGGCAUUCUCCAGUGGCAGAGAAAAAAAUCUGCAUCUCCCACCAGUGUUCUUAGGGUGGUUUUCAUUGGAGAGGCAGGCGUGGAUACAGGAGCACUUAGGAAAGAGUUUUUGAGUGACAUGAUUUCAGGUAUUGAAAGCAGAUUCUUUGAAGGACCUGAGAACAAGGGCAAAAACCCCAAGUAUUCUCUGACCGAUCUUGAUAAUGAAAACUUCAGAACUGUUGGUGAAAUAAUUGCAGUCAGCCUCGCCCAAGGUGGCCCAUCUCCUGCCUUUUUCAAAGAAUGGUGCUACAAUUUCCUCUGCUCAGGAGAGGUUGAUUUCAGCUGUCUGUCUAAGGAGGAUGUUGCAGAUGUGGAAUCUUCCCUGCUCAUCAGCAAAGUUGAAGAUGCAGCAGACAUACAGUCUCUGAUGUUGUGGGCUGAUGAAAUUGUCACCUGUGGAUACACAAACCAGAUAAAGAUGGAUAGUAAGGAAAGCAUGAUACGUGCCAUUGUCUUACACUCUACAACAAGACUGAUUCCAAUGCUACAGCAGCUCAGAAAGGGCAUGGAACUGUAUGGUCUUGUGAACCUGAUGGCUGUAAAUCCUGAAGCUUGCCACAGUUUGUUUGUGCCUGGGAAAAUCCUCAAACCAGACGCUGAUUUCAUUAUGAUGAGCUGCCAACCACAUUUCAGUGAAAAGGGGACAUCUAGGGAGAGAACUGAGAGGAAGAUCAUAAAUUUUUUGCAAGAUUUCUUGCAGGAGAUUGAAGCAUCAGAUGGAAACACAGGCGGUGCAGGUGGUGAAAAAUCAGAGUCUCUUGCUGUCCAGCAUGUGCUCCAGUGGAUGACCGGCCAGUCCCAUGUUCCCAUCCUUCCUGAUGAAAAGAGACAUUUCAAAAUAACAUGCAAGUUUGACCACGAAUGUAAGGAGCGGCUGGGAGAUCACUCAAUUUGUUACCCAGUUGUGAGUGCAUGCACUUGUACUGUGACUUUUCCAGUGCAGCAUCUGGACACGUACACAAUGUUUAAAACCAUAAUGAGUGCAGCAGUUAGAUAUGGUGGUGGAUUCCACAGAGUUUAACACAUUGUUGUCUUGUA